AUGUCAUCAUAAGGCAACAACACAUGGCUUCUACAGAGAGUGACAUCCGGAUUCGGGGAGAUGAUAACCUCCAGUCAAUGUUGCUGGGGUCGAUGAUGCGGAAAAUCAAAUCUCGCACCUGGAAAAAACAGCGGUACUUCAAGCUGCAGGAUGACUGCAUGACCAUCUGGUAUCAGUCUAAAAAGGCUGGGAAUGACCACUGCACGUUUUCUGUGAGCGACGUGGAGGCAGUGAGAGAGGGCCACCAGAGUGAGGUGCUGCUCAGYAUCGCCAACGAGUUCCCAGCUGACAGGUGCUUCACGUUGGUGUUCCGAGGUCGGCGGAGCAACCUGGACCUGGUGGCUGAAUCAGCCGAGGAGGCCCAAUCCUGGAUCAAGGGCAUGAGGAAACUGAUUGAAAAUUUGGAAAACAUGGGAGACAGGGAAAAACUGGACCAAUGGAUCAGUGAUUGGUUCAAGAAAGCAGACAAGAACAACGACGGCAGGAUGAACUUCAAGGAAGUGCGAGACCUGUUGAAAAUGAUGAACGUUGAUAUGAAUGAAGACCAUGCUCUUCAUCUGUUCACAAUGGCAGAUAAAUCCCAAACUGGCUCCCUGGAAGAUGAUGAAUUUGUGUUGUUCUACAAGAUGYUGACUGAGCGGGAAGAUAUAUCACAAGUUUUCCAGGAGUACUCGACGGAUGGUCAGAAGUUGUCACAGAGUGACCUGGAGGAAUUCCUGAGAGAAGAGCAACUGGAGACAGGCAACAUCCAGGAACACGCCAUGCAGCUCAUUGAGUGCUAUGAACCCUCAGACACAGCCAAGCUCAUGAAGGUCAUGACCUUUGACGGCUUCUUGAUAUAUCUGGGCUCAUCGGAUGGCUCUGUCUUCAACCCACAGCGGAGAGGCAUCUUCCAGGACAUGAGCCAGCCCCUGUGCCAUUACUUCAUCUCCUCCUCCCACAACACGUAUCUCAUGGAGGACCAACUCAGGGGACAGAGCAGCGUGGAGGGAUACAUCAGGGCUCUGAGUCGUGGCUGCCGAUGUGUUGAAGUGGACUGCUGGGACGGUGCCAACGGAGAGCCCAUCGUCUACCACGGACACACUUUCACCUCAAAGAUACUCUUUAAGGAUGUGGUCACAGCGGUGGGAAAUUAUGCUUUUAAGGUAUCGGAAUAUCCAGUCAUCAUGUCCAUUGAGAACCACUGUGGCAUUGAGCAACAAAGAGUCAUGGCCCAACACCUUAACCAUAUCCUUGGUGAUAAGUUGCUCAAAAACACACUGAAUGACAGGGCUCCAAUCGAGUUGCCAUCUCCCCAGGAUCUUAAAGGAAAGAUUCUUCUGAAGGCCAAAAAAAUUGGUGGUCUGGAGGAGAAUUGUAAUGGGAUGGUGGGAGACUCUCUGACUGGGGAGGUCAGCGAAGAAGACGAGGCGGCCGAUAUAGAUGAAGAUAACCAACGUCGUGAGAGCAUCCGUUACAGGGGGAAGAGGUCAAAACAGCGCUUGUCGAAGGAGCUGUCAGAUUGUGUGGUUUACUGCAGGAGUGUCCACUUCAGGAGCUUCAAACACUCCCGCAUCCACUCCAAGUUCUACGAAGUGUCUUCUUUCACRGAGUCCAAAGCCCGCAAGCACUUACGAGAAGCUGGAGYGGAGUUCGUGCAUCAUAACUCACAGCAGCUGACCCGGGUUUAUCCCACUGGAUUCCGCACUGACUCUUCAAAUUUUAAUCCUCAGGAAAUGUGGAAUGCUGGAUGCCAAAUUGUUGCUCUGAACUUCCAGACAGCUGGUGAGGGUAUGGAUUUAAACGACGGGUUGUUCAGUCAGAAUGGUGGAUGUGGCUACGUCCUGAAGCCUGGCUUUAUGAGGGACACAGAGAAAAGGUUUGACCCUGAUGUACCCCAACAGCGAGAUGACUACCAACCUGUUGUCCUCACCGUCCAGGUGAUCAGUGGCCAGCAGCUGCCCAAAGUCAACAUCAAAAAAGACUCGAUUGUGGACCCCCUGGUUCGAGUGGAGAUCCACGGAGUUCCAAUGGACCAGGCUAAGCAGGAGACCAGAUACAUUGAUAACAAUGGCUUUAACCCUGUCUGGUAUGACACACUGCGCUUCACAAUUCACACCCCUGAACUGGCGAUUGUGCGCUUUGUAGUGGAAGAUUAUGACAAGACAUCAAAGAAUGACUUUGUGGGGCAGUACACACUCCCUCUCAGCUGUAUGCAGCAAGGUUAUCGUCACAUCCACCUUUUAUCUAAAGAUGGGACCAGUAUUUCUCCUUCGUCGUUGUUCGUUCAUGUCAGGAUCACAAACCUGGAAUAAAUUUGUACUCCUGUAAAGGACAGGACACCACAAAGUCCAGUUCACAGAAUAGAAUUAAAAAUUAUACUUACUUGAUGUAAAUAACAACUGCGCCAAAYGUUUAGCUGCAUUCUCUGUCUUGUUCAGUGUGUCUAGUUGGUGUGGCUUGACAUCAAAGUAACCCCUCAUU